AUGCAACUUUUUCUAUUGAUCUUUUUAGUCCUCAUGGAAUCCUCGUCUCAAGAAAAAAAUUCUACAGAAGAAUCUGGAUUUGCCAAGCCCUUAAGACAUGGGAAAACGUGAGUUUUCGCUUCAAAAAUUUAUUUUUCAAAUAAAAAUUCCUUAGAUUCGCGAAUCCUCCAUCAUUCAAAAAUUGGGGAGGUCUUCCCGGUCCGCGGGAAGGUUUUCGCUACAAAUUCCUCGAAACUGAUAAUGAAAAUGUGCCGAAAAAUGCGGAAGAAUUGGAUGAAACAAUACCAAUCAAGAAUUUGACGAAGUUCGAGAGCAAAAGCAAACUUUUUGCCACCUGGUUAGGUCAUGCUACAGUACUUCUAAACAUUGAAGGUGCAACUGUUAUAACUGAUCCAAUUUGGGCUCAAAGAGCAUCGUUUAUUUCGUUUGUUGGUCCGAAAAGAUACAGGCCUCCCCCGAUGAAAAUUGAGGAUUUACCAAAAUUGGAUUAUGGUGUUAUUUCGCAUGAUCAUUAUGAUCAUUUGGAUUAUGAAGCGGUGAAGAAAAUUACAGAGUUAGUUCAGAGCGAUUUUCCGACUUUUUAAGAAAAUUUUGGAAAAAAUACAAGUCGGAAAACUUUUGGUCGGAAAAUUUUUCCGACUAAUAUUUUCGGAAAAAGUUAUUUUCCGAAAAUUUUCUGAGACUAGUAAUUUUCCGAAAAAAUGGAAAAAUAGGUGAUUUUCAGGAAUUUUUGCUAAUUUUAUCACAAAAUAAUUUUGGUAAUUGUGAAAAAUAUAAGAAGUUGUUAGUAAUAUUUAACAAAAGUGACAAAAUAUCGUGAAAACUGCCGAAUUUGUUGAAAUUUUUUCCGAUUUUCCCAAAAAUUAAGUCGGAAAAAACAGUCGGAAAACUUUUUUCCGAAAAUAAAAUUCGGAAAAUAACUUCGGAAAACUUUUUCCGACCGGAUGGAUUCGGAAAAACAUGGGUUUCCGAAAUUUUCCGAAAACCAGGGGCUCAAAACCUCACUGAAAAUCGGAAUUUUCAGAAUGAACCCCCUCGAUUCGAUGGUUUGUCCCCCUGGGUAUGAAAUCCUGGAUGGAAUCUGCUGGAAUCACCAAAAUCAGCCCCUCAAAUCCCGAUCUCAUCACUGAAAUGAACUGGGGUGAAAGUGUGAAGGUGAAAAAGGACGGAAAAGAUUUCGAAAUUUGGUGUGUUCCCGCUCAACAUUGGGGACAACGUGGUCCUUUUGAUAGAAAUCAUGUAAGCCUUGUUUUCUAGAGGGGGAAAAUCGUAUGAAGCUUACAAGGCACAGGCUUCCAGACUUCGCAUUUUUUCGAGAAAAAACCAUUUUUUUUGUAGAGAUUAUGGUCAGGAUGGUCCGUUGUGGGACCAACAAAACGAUUCUAUUAUUCUGGAGACACCGGCUUCUGUGAGAGUGAAUUCCAAAAAAUCGGCGAUAAAUUGGGACCUUUUGAUUUGGCCGCAAUUCCGAUUGGAGCCUAUGAGCCAAAGUGAGAUUUUUUGGGGAUUUUGGGAAAAAUUGACGAGGGAAGAGCCCGAAAAUGAGCCAAAAGUUGAGAAUUUUCUGAAAAUCGCGUUUUUGAGAGCCCAUGACUCAUGUUAGAGAAGAUUUUAUCAAAAACUGAGCACAGUGCGAUGUUCAGGAAGGUUGAUUUACCAAUUCAAAAAUUUUAGAAAACAUUUUGUGGUUUUAGAAAAUCAGAAAAAAGUUUGUUUUUUAAUACUUGAUUUUCAACUUUUUUAGUACUUAAUAAUCUACAGUAAUCUUCGAAUUUUAUAAAAUCUACAGUAACCCAGACAGUAAUCGGAUUACUGUAGCUGAAACAGUGCUAAUGAAAAUAACCAGAAAAAAUACGUUUCAAAACUUUUAUAACAAAUUUUUUGAAAUUUUGGAAUUUUUGAUAUUCUCUCGGAUUGUUUUUUGAAAUUUUACAGUAACCCUCGAAUUUUGAAAAAAUCUACAGUAAUCGGAUUACUGUAGCUGAAAAAGUGCCAAUUUUUUUUGAAAAAUUUUGGUAAAUCAACCUUGCUGAACAUCGCCCUGUACUCAGUUUUUGAUAAAAUCUCCUCUAACAUGAGUCAUGGGCUAUGAAAAAUGCGAUUUUUCGAAAAUUCUCAAAUUUUGGCUCAAUUUCGAGCUCUUAAAAUUCUAAAUUUCCAGAUGGUUCAUGAAAUCCCAACACAUCAAUCCAGAAGAAGCAGUAUCAGUUCAUGAAUUGAUCAAAUCUCGAAUGAGUAUCGGAAUUCACUGGGGAACUUAUCAUAUGGGAUCUUAUGAGGUAAGAAAUAUCUACUUACCCUAACUAUCCUCGAAUUUUCAGCACUAUUUAGAGCCACGUGACAAAUUGAAAACGUUGAUGGAAAAUCGAGAAGAUUUGAAACACACUAAAUUUAUAACAAUUACUCCGGGAGAAAUUUGGGAAGAUAAUUGA